AUGACAAGUGUUAUAGUUGGUUUUUCACAUUUAUUAUUAAGUAAAAUUACAGGUUAUUUAGAUGAUAACGUUGAUAGAAUUUGUUUCUCACUUGUUUGUAAACGAUGGUUUCAUGACAGAGAUAGUUAUUUGAUGUUCAACACUGAUGAAUUAAAACUAAAAUAUAGUUAUUGUAAAAGAUUCUAUUUGCGUUCAUAUCAGUCAAUCUAUGAAAAAUCACUCAAACAAGUUAAAGAAUCAUCUCUCUAUAUCAAUGAACAUGACUCUAUUUCAGCAAUUCACGACUAUUCUUUUACAAUCGGUAUUUAUCAAGCAACCAACAUCAGAAAGAUGAUCGGAUGUACCACAUUAGAAUAUGGUCUUCCUCCAAAUCUUACACACCUCUCAUUCAGUCAAAAUUUCAAUGAGCCGCUGUUCCAAGGGUGUUUUCCUUCGAGUCUCAAGAAAAUAAAGUUUAAUCUUGGUUUCUCUCAGAGUAUUCCACCCGAUGUACUUCCCAGUCAAUUAGAGAAGCUUGUCAUUGACAAUGAUCAAGUGACUAUUGAACCGGGAUUGUUUCCAUCGUCCCUGACAAUCUUAAAGUUACCAUCCACAGAACACACUCUCCAACCUGGAUCGAUUCCGCCGAAUCUUGAAUAUCUUGAGAUUACCAUCAAAACUGUACCAACAACCUGGAUUCCAGCAAUAAGAUACCUUUCAAAUCUAACUACACUUCUCUUCUUCAAUGCUAGAAGCAGUGCAGUUGGAAAUGUUGAUCUUAGCCAACUACCUCCAACUCUUACCACUUUGAGAUUUCACUCUGUUUACAAUUUGACAUCUGCAGUUCAUCCAUCAAUAAAACAGCUCGAUAUUUCAUUCUGUAACUACGAUAUCAACGAAAUAUUUCCAACGAGUAACAAGUACCAUUUCCACCAGUUGUCAACAACGUUGCCACACGAUAACAGCAAAGCAUGGAAGAGACUGAAAAUCGAUAAACUCGUAGUCUGUAGUUUGUCACCUCAGAAGCCAAUUCACAGUAUUCCUAAAGGCAUUCUAACACUAGACGUUAGACAUAGGCUCAAUUUAAAGGAUCCAAAGUUGCCGAAUAGCAUUCAAAAAUUGAAACUAACAUACCCUAGUUAUAUAACAGAGACAUCCAACUGUUCAGUCCCAAACAAUGUACGAAUCAUGAAAAUAGUCGAUAUCCUCAGUAAGAAACCAACUCUUGCCAUACCGAAAUCGGUCAGAACGAUCUAUCUCAGUACGAUGUCAAAUUCGAAGCUGGAUUGGUUGCAAAAUCAGAAAGUUGGAUCAAUCUCAUUAUAUUAUAUUUGGUGA